UUGGCAUCAAUAUAAAAUAAAUAUAGUAAUUUAUUGGUAAAAUGAAUAUCAAUAAUUCAGUAACAAUGGAAAAGUUGUUGAAACUACCAGUUUUGUUGCUUCUUCUUCUUCUUCAACAACAACAAGCUACUUCGCAUUCUACUGUUGAGUAUCUUCCCGGUUUGCCAGGACGCCUCCCGUUCCCUCUAGAGACCGGGUAUAUUGGAGUUGGUAAAGAUGAAGAGUUGCAACUUUUCUACUAUUUUAUGGAAUCCGAAUCCGAACCUACUACCGAUCCUCUUUUGAUUUGGCUACCUGGUGGGCCCGGUUGCUCGGCUGUGACUGCCAUUGUUAAUGGAAUAGGACCACUCCGUUUUGUGGAACAAGUCUACGAUGAGAGUAUGCCCUCGUUCGUACUAAACCCACACGCAUGGACCAAGAUAGCAAGUGUAAUAUUUUUGGAUCAACCAAUAAACACUGGAUUUUCAUAUGUAACAAAUGAAGCUGCAUAUAAACAAACUGAUGUACAAGCAUUUGACUAUGUCUAUGAAUUCAUAAGAAAGUGGCUAAAUGAUCAUCCAAAAUACAUUUCAAAUCCAUUUUACAUGUCUGGAAACUCAUAUGCUGGCAAGAUGAUACCAGUUGUAGCCCAAUUGAUAUCAAAUGGAAAUACAGCAGGCAAAGAGCCAUUUGUUAAUCUUCAGGGGUAUUUAAUGGGCAGUCCUGGAACAUUUCGUCCUCAAGAAGACAAUUAUCAAGUACUUUUUAGCUAUGGCAUGGGACUUAUAUCUGAUGAACUUUAUAAGUCAUUAGAGAAGAAUUGUGGAGGAGAAUAUACAAAUAUAGAUCCCAACAAUAAAGGAUGUGCAAAUGACUUUUUAAUUUUCAAGCAGUUAGUGAAAAACAUUAAUGGGGAACACAUAUUAGAGCCCUUUUGUACAUAUGAUUAUCUUCAAGGCCCAUAUCAAAUGUCUGGUGAAAGAAGAUUACUUGAUGAUAAACUCAUCUCCUUGCAACGUCAAGACAAGUGUGCUUCUGAUUGGCGCAUGCAUAUGAAGUAUUGGGCUAAUGACCCGAAAGUUCAAGAAGCCCUUCACAUUCAAAAGGGAAGCAUAGGAAGCUGGGUACAAUGUAACAAAAUUUCAAGUGUAGGCUCUCCUCCCAACUACACCCUCACGGUAGAUAAUGUUGUAUCAUAUCAUGCAAAUUUAAGCGUUAAAGGUUAUCGAUCACUUAUAUACAGUGGAAUACCGACGUCGGAGAUAAUCGGAAACUAUGGUGGAUGCAAUUAGGUCAUCGGAGGUGCAAGAUAACUCCAAUCGAGAACAGAUCGACAAAUUCACUGAUAUCCACCCAAGGAAUCCUUUAUAUCUUCAUCCAUCUGAUACUCCAGGUAGCAUUUUAAUCCCUCAACAACUUACUGGUAUAGAAAAUUAUACUGGGUGGAGUAAUUCUAUGAGAGUAGCAUUGUUAGCUAAGAAUAAAAUUGGAUUUAUUGAUGGUACUUGUUGUAAACAUCACUACAAAGGAGAUCUGAAUCAUGAAUGGGAGAGAUGUAAUGCCUUUGUGCUAUCGUGGAUUACAAACUCUGUUUCGAAGGAAUUAGCAAAUGGCUUAAUGUUUUCAUCAAAUGCCCAUAAUGUUUGGAAGGAUCUGAAAGAGAGGUUUGACAAACGUAAUCUCACUAGAAUAUACCAGGUUCAUCGCGAAAUCAGUACAAUGAGUCAAGGAACUUUUACAGUUUCUGAGUAUUAUUCCAAAUUGCGAAAUCUUUGGGAUGAGUAUGUAUCAUUGGUUCCUUUACCUGCUUGUGAAUGUGAUAAGUACAAGGUAUAUGCAGAACAUAUGGAAAAACAAAAGCUGAUGCAGUUUCUAAUGGGACUCAAUGAUAAUUUUUCCCAAUCAAGGAGUCAGAUUCUUAUGACUGUUCCAAGUCCUAGUUUGAACCAAGCUUAUAAUCUGAAAAUGCAGGAUGAGAGUCAAAAUGUGCAAUCUAGUUUGAUAUCGAAUUGUGUUCUACCAGUACAGAAGCUUAAUAUCCUUGAGACUACUACUACUGCUACUGCUUUAGCCUCCUUACAGAACAAUAAGUUCAAGCCAGAAGCUGGGGGAUUGUAUUGUGACUAUUGCCAUUUGAAAAACCAUACGAAAGCUAACUGUUAUAAGUUGAUCGGCUAUCCUCCAAACUACAAGUUUCAGAAGAAAAGAGGUGUGAAUGAUAGGAGCUUCAGGGGUCAGAAUUUUGAGAAUGAUAGAAUGCAUGAGACCAAUAGAAGAACUCAAGCAAAUUUUGUGAAUUGUGCUGAAAAUGAUCAUGAAAUAGGGAGACAACUUGGUGCUCCUGACAUUUCUUCAUUUCAAGCUGCGCCAAAUUUCACUCCUGAACAAUAUAAUCAUAUACUGAAAAUGAUUGAUAAAGACUCGUCUUCUCAGAAUGUUGUUGCCAACAUGGCAGGUAUAGCUCA